AUGCCCAUCCACAGUCUUUCCUACAGACCUAACCCCAGCCAGAAGCACCCUGCGCUGGAUGAGAAGCAACACAGCGCCCACUGCAUCCCCUCGUCCCCAUUGACACCAAUGGGGACGAGGGAAUGGGGAAACAACAGUCACUUCCUGGAAAAUGAAGCCAAGUCGAGGGCUCUGCUCGCUGUGAUAACCAGCGGCCCACUCUGUGGCCGAGGUAGAGCACCUCCCCUGUCCUCUCCUCCCAUCCCACUACUAUCCCCCCAGUCGCAUCAGCCCAGGACAACCACCACCGAUGUGGGAGCCCCAACAGCCCUCACUCAGGAUGAUCACCCAACUACUACUGCUAACCUCUGUUCUCCUCCCCACCUGCCAAGUGGCGGAAUCACAGUGUUCACAAUCCGAAGUGUCAAUCUGACUCUCGAGCCCAGCAACGCCGUCUCCCAAGGUACCAAUGUGAUGGUACGCUGCCAGGCCUUAGUCAGCAGCUCUUGGCUCCUGAACCGUGAAUACACCAUCUACAAGGACAACACCGUGGUGUACACGAGGAGCACCACCACGACAGAGGACCUCCUCUACUCUCUGCGCAUGGCCAGAGUGGCAAACACUGGGAAGUACGAAUGCAAGGUGAACAUACAGGGCAAGGAGCUAAGCAGCAACUCUGAGAAACUGACUGUGACAGGCCUGCAGACGCCAGUCCUCAGCGUCGACAAGCGUGUGUUCAGCAAGGGAGAGGAGGUGACCGUUUGGUGUUGUGCCCCCGAGGAGUCCGGCGCUAUCGUAUCCUACUUCUACAAGGACUCCAAGGACCUUUAUGAGAUGGUCAACGCCAACCAUUACCUCUGUCCAAUACAGGAGUCAUCAUCAUCACCCCAGACCUGUCGGGGGUCACAGAGGGAGAUGAGAUGUACCUGAUCUAUGGGGUGGAAGGUUUCCCGCCCGUCACCUCUAAGUGAUACCGAAGUGGGAACGUAGCCGCUGUUCACCACCUCAACCCAAUCCAGCGCGUCCCACCGGAUCAAGGGAGGGGGGAAUGAGCACAGUGGCACCUACUACUGCAAGGCCAUCAACUACACUACCAUGGUCCAGAGUCAGCCUGUCACCGUAGAUGUGAAGAUGGCCAUGUGGAAGAAAUGUUUUAUCGUGGCCUGCUGUCUGCUAGUGGUGGCUGUCCUGGUCCUCGCCUGCGUGCUGUGCUACAAUUCCAAGAGAGAAAGCCUUCGAGCCCUAAAUCAGAUGACUCUCUAACAGUGAGUCUUACCCACAGCACAGUGGAGAUUUAUAACCUGCCCAAAGACGCAGCGCCACCCUUUGACGGAAUGGAGGGAAGAGCGACCAAUGGGACGCAAGAGUGUGGCAUCACUUCCUGCUGGCAUCAGCAACAAUCAUCAGCUACAGUCUCCCAGCAACAGUGUAGAGAAACCCCACAGAGGGAGGGACUUUUUUGGUUUGAACCAAAAAAGAACAAACAUUUUGCACCACUUGGUUCAAUAAAGGGAUAUGUGGGAGGAAAACCAAGGAUGACAACAAUUGGAUCAAUGGCUCAAACAAAAAAAAUCCCCACAGACAUUUUAGAGAGGGGAAAAUGGCCAAAAUGUGUUCCUUUGAGAAAAUAUUACUACUUUUUUAUGUUGUAGAUGUAAUUUCAGAAGGUACAGGUGUAGUGUACACAAUAUGGUUGACACCAAGAGGCUUGAUGUCAACAUCAGUCCCAGUGACAGACAGUUGAACUGGCCCCAUUGCUCCCUCUCCUGCUGCUGUCUGGAAGAGAUGUACUUUCCUGUCAUUAUCAACAUACUGUCUUUGUCCUGUGUUCUCACCUCAAUGUGUCUGUCUGACUGCAUGUCUAUCGAAUGAUGGAACUAGCCCAUUUGUCUAAUAGUCUGUUUGUCCAAAAACAAUGUGUGCGUGUCUAAAUGCAUAGAUCUGAUUCUGUAUAUACAGUACACUAGUCCAUCAUCAAUAGAAAUGUGUGUAUAUAUUUUGGGUUUGGUUAAUUGAUUUAUUUUAGAGGCACUUCUAGAAUAAAACUUUUUUUUUUUUUUUUGCAUUGUGUCAAUAGCGCAAAUGUUGUUUGGUGAGAUACCAAUGAAUGUCUGUAAUGCUGUGUAGCUACACUGAGUAUACCAAAUAUUACCACCCGUUCUUUCCAUGACACAGACUGACCAGGUGAAUCAUGGUGAAAGCUAUGAUCCACUUCAAAUCGGAGUAGAUCAGGGGUUCUUAAACUUCUUCAGCCUGGGACCCAAAUAAGAAUUUCUGUGUUUUCCUGGGAUCCAAGCUUAGGAAAAUAUGCAACUAUACAUGGGUACAUGUCAUUGCCCUUAUGCCUAAAACAAAUAACAAUUAAACGAAAUAUACAUAUAAA